UCGAGCUUUACACUACAACCUCUCUCUCGUUCUCUCUCUUCUACAAUGGCUGAUCAUAAACUCAACGAAGAGAAGCCAUUCUCAUUUCUAGCCCAUUCACCAUUCUUUGAUCACAGCUCGUUAACUUAUCCUUUGUUUGACUGGGAAGUAGAGCUUUUUCCUCUCCACAAAGACUCUGCUUCUCAAGCAUUUUCUUUGCCUACACCUUCUCUGCCUUUACCUGAUCUUGAACCCUUGUCUCAAGAUGUACUCGAUUCAUACAGCUCUGCAUCAGGGAACGAAACAGAGCAGAACAGAGGAGAAGGUGAUUUGGAGAAGAAUACUGAACACGAAGCAGUGCAAGAGAGAAAUAAGAAGAGGAAAAUCAACAGAGAACAUAGCGUCAGGAUCGUCGGAGAUAUUACUACCUACACAACAUGUUCAGCUUCAAAGGCAUUGUCGAUGGAAACAAUCUCUCGCUACUUCUACAUGCCCAUAACUCAGGCCGCAAUGGAGCUGAACGUUGGUCUAACUCUUCUGAAAAGGAGAUGUCGUGAAUUAGGUAUUCGUAGAUGGCCUCAUCGCAAACUCAUGAGCCUACUAACUCUGAUCAGUAACGUCAAGGAGCUGCAGAAGAUGGAAGGCGAGGAGAAUGCAGGAAAACUGAAGAACGCGUUGGCGAUGCUUGAGAAGGAGAAGAAGAUGAUAGAAGAAUUUCCGGAUUUGGAGUUUGAAGAUAAGACAAAGAGGCUGAGACAAGCUUGUUUCAAGGCUACACACAAGAGGAAGAAGAAGGGAAGUCUCAAGCCAGAUCAGUCUCAGAUGUCUAUACCCUCGUGUUCAAGCAGCGGAUCAGUCGUCAGUGAUGAGUCGGUUGAUGAAGGAGGAAUAGAGAGUGAUGAUGAAGAGAUGAAGUAUCUCUUGUGUGGUUUCACAAGUGAGUUUAGUGGUUUGUGAAAAACUCUGUUUUUAAGUGAGAAACUGGAUUGUAAAGCCAAAACGCUCUUUUGACUGAUUCAACUGAACAGAAACAUAAAUUUAUGAUACUGAAUACUUAUUAAGAGCAACAUUAGUGAAGAAGAUACUAAAAAAAAAACUCUCUUUUUUAGCACUUAAACAUUCAGCUUCUCAAUCUCUCUCCUUAGAGCAUUAGCCCUGACCAAACUCCCAAUGGUGUUAACAGCCAACUUCAAAUCCUCCAAAGGGUUGCCUGGCGCAACCCUCUUGUACAGAUAACUAUCGAACGUCAUCUUCUGAACAUACUCAUCACCGCACAUCUCCACAAACGCUUCUCUAGCCGGAUUCGAUCUGUAAAACACCUUCUGCAAAACAUCAAGCACUCUGUACGUAGGCAAGUAUGUCUUAUCCCAUUUCUCCAAGUA